AUGAUUGUCGAUGAUUUUCCAAGAAUUUCAAAUAAAUUUCUGAAUCAGCUACUAGGCAGUGAUGUACGAAUUUACUAUAAUACCAGAUAUCUCAAUGAUAGGUUAUAUCUUCAUUAUAAAGGCUUCCAUCAAAUUGAAAAUCUUGAUGAAUUUACUGGGUUAAAAGUUCUUUACAUGGAGGGAAAUUCCAUUAACAAACCCCCAUUUAAAUUAGAACAAAAUCCAUAUUUUGGGUAAUUUAGACCUCUUUAAAUAGAAACAAAUUUAUUGUUUUCAAAAACAUAUUAUAGGCGAAAAUGCUAAUUUGUAUUAAUUUUUUUAAUUAAUUCUUUAAUAAUUAGAUUAAAAUUCAAAAUAUUGUGCUCAAUUUAUAUUUUUACAAUGAAAAAUUAAAUAAUUUUUUUUAAAAAAAAAUUAACUCCCUUUAAAUUGGAACUAGAAUUUUGGUUCCAAUUUAAAGGGGUGUAAGCAUAUCCAAGGACUGGAAAGCUGCCAAAAAUUAAGAUGCAUUUAUUUGCAACAAAAUUGCAUAGAAGAAAUUUCAGGUCUUGAUACUUUAACUGACCUCCAUACCUUGAAUCUUGCAGAAAAUUUUAUUUCUUCUAUUAAAGGUCUUUCAAAUACUCAAAAGCUAAGCACGCUCACUUUAAAAGCCAACCAAAUUGGGGUAAAUGGUAUAGAUGAUUUAAAAGGUCUUUUAGAUGCUCAAAGUCUUGAAAUUCUUGACCUGAGCGAUAAUAAAAUUUCAGAUGUCGAAAUUAUUCCAGAAAUCCUCGAAAAGCUGCCUCAGCUAUGUGUUCUAUAUUUACACGGCAAUCCUGUGUGCAGAAAAAUUGAAAAUUAUAGAAAAAUUUUAAUUGCAAAAUUAUCGAACUUGAAAUAUUUAGAUGAUAGACCUGUUUUUGACGAAGACAGAAGAUUUGCAAUGGCAUUCCUAAGAGGAGGAAUUCAGGCAGAAAGAGAAGAAAGAAGACAAUAUGAAAAAGAAGUAGAAGAAAAAAGAAUGCUGGAGCAUCACAGAUUUAGAGAAAUUGCAAUGAAGCAUAGAAAUGAUCGAUUGGGUAGAGAAGAAAAUAAAACCAAUGGCAGCACAACAAUCAGUGAAGGAUCAUCUGAUGAGUGGAAUUCUUCUAGUGAAGCAACGGAAGUAUCAUAUAUCGGCGACAAAAGUCAGAAUGAUAUACAACUCCCUGAUUUAGAAGAAGUGAAAAUAGUGAAGCCUGAAGAAUUUAAAGAAAAAGAAGAAAACUACAUUGAAAAUCUUUUAAAUGCUCAAAACAACAAGGAAGAAAAUAGACCACAAGAAUUCAACAAAAUUAUAAUUGAAGAAGUUGAAGAAUGCCCGUAUAAAAACAAAUCCUUGGAAGAUAAUUUACAGGAAAUUCCUCCUGUUAUUAAUGAGGAAACAAUAGAAGACAUGAUAAAACGACCCUUAAACUUAAAUUAAAUUACUUAUAGAGAAUCCCCCCUGUAGGCCUGCAGGUCACUACUCACCUCCGCUUAAACGCUCAGCCGCUUGCUUGCCUGCCAAGAUAUGAUCUUCCACUGUGCUGUUCCUCAUUCUGAGGGCUUGCACUUGUAUCCAGAGUCAGACCACGCCAUAAGUCAACAAGUUUGCCUUCUAGAAAAUUUCGAAAAACGAAUUUCCUAUUUGAGUUAUCUGCCAAGUGAAACUCAAAGCCCAAGAUGUAACUACUAGUAUCGCGCUAUGAUUCUGCCAGAUUGGUCAAGAAACUCACCUCUGGCUUGCUGGACGUCCCCUUUCUAACUCCAGAGAAUCAUUCCAAGGGGAAACCCCAUGACCUGAAUGCGAGCAUAUGCUCGGUUUCCCCGAUAUUGAGCUCCACCAAACCAAGUUAAACCCGGCCGAGUACAUUUUUCCGGAUGCCAUCCAUCUUUCUGCAAGGUCGCCGGUUCCCAUGAACCUCCCAGUUGCAGAUGCUAAGAGGGUAGGCUAGCACACUUGGCUAUUUUAAUGUAUAUAAUAAAACGACACCAAGAAGAGCUUGAUGAGCUUGACUAA